CGCGCGUCCCCGGCCAUUGAAAACAAAGCGAGCUGCGCGGCUUCCAUUACACCCCUGCAGCUUGAGAAAAAAAACAGUGAGCGACACGGAGGAAUAAAUAACAGAGAGGCGCACAUGGGAUUAAAACGACAAUAGGAAGGUACGAGCCCCGAGCGAGCCCUGCUUGGAGGCGAAGAGACGACAGGAAGCCCAGAGUUUUCAUUAAAAGGUGUUUUUUUGGGAUUCUUUCUCUUGCAGUAUAUACUAAGCACCGCAGCUGCGCCAUGUUGUUGAUGAGAGGCUGGUAUUAAGAGCCUAUCCCGAAUAAAAAAAAAAACCGGAGUUAAUCCCAAAGAUUCAGUAAAAAGGACCCCCCCUGCCUUCUGCAACCAUCGCGUCCUUAUCUUUCGGUGAGAUGGCGGAGCAAACGUUUUCCUGGGCGUAUUCCCUGGUAGACUCCAGCCAGGUCUCCACCUUCCUCAUCUCCAUUCUCCUCAUAGUCUACGGCAGCUUUAGGUCCUUAAACAUGGACUUGGAGAACCAGGACAAGGACAAGGAUGGGAAUGUCAUGUCGCAGGGAACGUUUAAUGCCAACGCCAGCAACAACACGGUGUGUUGUGUUCCAGGUAUUCAGACUAUCGACUCGACCCAGGCGCUGUUCCUGCCCAUCGGAGCCUCCGUCUCCCUGCUCGUCAUGUUCUUUUUCUUCGACUCCGUACAGGUGGUCUUCACGAUCUGCACGGCAGUUCUCGCAACGAUAGCCUUUGCCUUCCUGCUCCUACCGAUGUGCCAGUAUCUAACAAGACCCUGCUCCCCUCAGAACAAAAUCUCCUUCGGCUGCUGUGGUAGGUUCACUGCUGCGGAGCUGCUCUCCUUCUCCCUGUCUGUGAUGCUGGUCCUCAUCUGGGUGCUGACCGGGCACUGGCUGCUGAUGGACGCUCUGGCCAUGGGCCUGUGUGUCGCCAUGAUCGCCUUCGUCCGGCUGCCAAGCCUGAAGGUCUCCUGCUUGUUGCUGUCCGGCCUGCUGAUCUACGAUGUGUUCUGGGUCUUCUUCUCAGCCUACAUCUUCAGCAGCAACGUGAUGGUGAAAGUGGCCACGCAGCCUGCAGACAACCCCCUGGACGUGCUGUCCCGAAAACUGCACCUGGGCCCCAACGUGGGCCGGGACAUCCCACGGCUAUCGCUGCCUGGCAAGCUAGUCUUCCCUAGCUCCAGUGGAAGCCACUUCUCCAUGCUGGGGAUCGGAGACAUUGUGAUGCCGGGGCUACUGCUCUGCUUCGUGCUGCGUUACGACAACUACAAGAAGCAGGCCAACGGGGAGGCGCCCGGCACCCCCAACACCCCGGGGCGCAUGAACAAGGUCUCCUACUUCCACUGCACGCUCAUCGGAUACUUCGUGGGUCUGCUGACGGCGACGGUUGCCUCCCGGAUUCACCGCGCAGCUCAGCCUGCUCUCCUGUACCUCGUUCCCUUCACCCUGCUGCCUCUGCUCACCAUGGCCUACCUGAAGGGGGACUUGCGGCGCAUGUGGUCGGAGCCCUUCCACUCCAAGGCGGGCAGCUCUCGCUUCCUGGAGGUAUGAUGGGGCCCCGUGGCCCGCGAGCCAGCCAGCGUGUGCAUGGACUGGUGCAGAGAAGCUACUGGGUGCCCAAGGGUUUGUGUCUUGUGGUUUUGUUUUCUCAUCUCGCCCAAACCGGUGCUUUUUUUUAAGGCAUUAAAGAAAUAGGAAUUACUUUUACGACGACGAGAAGGAAAGACAAGGAAGGAAGGAAGGAAGGAAGGAAAGAGGACCCUGCGGGCGGUUUUAUUCCAUUCCGUUUUCUUGUUAAGGAACUCAAUCCCUGUGCGGUUUACAAACAAACCCCAUUCCCACUCUCUGGACUAGCCAUGGUGUCCGAGCCCAGCCAUGGAAACUUCACACUGCAGACCACCACCACCUUUAUAAUUAUUAUUGUUAUUGUUAUUGCUGUUAUUGUUACAUUUUCUUUCUUUUUUUGAAACGGGGGGGGAAAGGCAGAUUUAAAGUGAUGAACAUUUAGCUGCUGGACUGUCAAAGAUAAAAGAAGAAGGAAAAAGGGGACCAGAAUCUAGUCUUGUCUAUAGCUCUCUCUCUCUCUCUCUCUCUCUCUCGCUCUUUGAUUUUAAUGGAGAUUUCCUGUUGCGUGUGUUGACUUGUGUCGUCCCCUGUCCCCCCCAACUGUGACGAGCGGGUUCUGUUGUGGUAUGGAUACUGCGUUUCAAAUUCCCUUGCCACCCAGUGUUGUGUUGACGUGAAACCAUAGGUGGUGUGUGUGUGUCUGUCUAUAUAUAUAUAUAUGUGUGUGUGUGUGUAUGUAUGUAUGUAUGUAUAUAUAUAUAUAUAUAUAUAUAUAUAUAUAUAUAUAUAUAUAUAUAUAUUAAUUAUAAUUACACACACCACUCCAAGGCAAAAUCAUGUUGUGUAGAAGGCUUUGGCUGUCUGCUGUAAAUGUAAGCAUGUCUAGCGGUUAAAUAUGGCUUCCUUGUAUAGUAUAAUUCCUAUGCCCCAGCCUCUGCCUCACAGUUUUAAAAACAAACCUGUACCCUUUUUUUUCUGUGGGGGUCACAAAUUAUGAUUAUGUACUAAAAAACGAAAUCAUGCGUACGGAGUUUUCAAAGUGAAUUUUGUUGCAGUCCAUGCAUGUAUUCCAGCAGUUUAGCCGUAUUGUCUCGGGUCUGUUUCUGUCCAUUUGUAAACGGCUUCUUCUGAAGUAGUUCAGCCCCUAGCCUCCCCCUCUCCCUUUGUUGAAUCACGGACCAUGUCUUCAGUAAUGUUCUGGCUGUGUGGGGGGUCUCUUCUCCACAGAGUACAUUUUAAUUGGACACUACUGAAUCUGUUUAAGCAAACCAUAAACAAUGGAAGCCACAAUGAAAGGCUGUGUUGUGAGUGUGGCUGUAACCAGGUGGCACUUCAUGUCAGCUGGCUUUUUCGUGCGAGAGUACCACAGCACUGGGAGGCCGUGCUUCUGAGUCGGCAGUAUGGGUCAGUAUUUGUUUCCCCUGACCCCGCGGAGUACUUGGAACAGUCCAGUGCAGCGUGCGUGGCGAUGUGUGUGUGAACGUGCUUCGAUUUUUAUUUGAAUACUCAACUCGGGUCUGCACCUGCUCAGAAACUGAAAUCAAAACCGAACUAGGGACUGAAAAAAAUAUAUAUAUUUAAAAAAAAAAAAAAAAAAAGUGGAAAAUGUUGUCUUAAGCUGUAAUGUGGGAAUGUUUUUAUGUAUUUUUUUUUUUUUUUUUUUUAACAUAAGUUCUAGGGGUCAUGUUUGGACCCCCCUCCCCCUCUUCAGGUGUAGAGCAUUCCAGCCCGUGUCCAUGGCUAUGUGCACAGGGAGGUUACAGGAGCGCUGUGCUGGGGUGAUAGUCUGGGUCCUGCAGCUUUAGCGGGAGUUCAAAUCCAAUCCGCUUCUCUUCACACAAAGCCCCUCGCUAUUUAAACAGCCCCCCCCACCAUAUAAAAGCUGGUACAAAACCGAUAGAAUAAUGUUCAAAAGAUUGAUGUCGUCAUUUGAAAAGGGAGAUCGCAUUUGUUUUUUUGGCUCCCAUGUCAGUGUAGAGAUGGGGACGGAGGGCCUGUGAGCUCGGCAUUCCUUUCACCAACGUUACCUUUUUACCAAACUGGCAGCACUCCCUGGUCACGACCUGGAAUUCAAACCCGCUGCCCCUCUACAAAGACUGGGUUUGUAAAAACAAAGCGCCUCUCCCUCUCCCAGAAGGUGGCCUGCCUCGCACUGAGCCCGGAGUGUAAUGUGUUUCCAUGGUGGUGUUCUGCAGCAUGCUGCUCAUUCCAGUGGAUGGUUCUGGGAUGGGGGGAGGGAUGGAAAGCCCAUGGAAGUUGACUGUGUUGUCGGACCCUGUGCUCUCGCUGCAAGGUUAGCCCCUCCUGAUUGUGCGUCCUGCACUUUGUUACCAGCACUGUACUGUACUGCACCGCACUUGCAGAUCCUGGACCGCACCACUGCUAAGGGCAAGGCAGUGAAUAUAGUGUUGAACUGAUUUUAAUGCAAGACUAUACAACCACCACCACCACAUGUUUCGUUUUGGAUAAAGUGUUUGUUUUCUUUCUUUUUAAAUGGAAGAGUGGUUUUCUUUUUAUCCCAUUAAUCGUAUGGUUUUUGUGCCGUAGAGUAGAAAUUACAUUUUAUACACUUUGGCUCUUUUAACAAGAGCUGUUCUAUUCAACAGUGAAAUAAUGAAAAAAACCGAAAGGAAUCUGUAACCCAUUGUGUAGUGAUCAAGGAACCGCUAACCUGAGCGAAACCGUUUCCUCUUUAACCUCAUCAGUUGGGAUUCCUUUGUAAAUAAAGAUGAAAUCUAACUGUAAA